GUCCCUCGCCCUUAACCCCCUCCAUUCUAUACAGCUGCUAUUACCAUCCUCCUCCUAUAUGCGUUUCAGAACAGUGCUUUCUGCAUCUCUUCUUCUUCUUCAGCUGCUACUGUCAUGCCCUUCCUAUAUACCUAUCAAAAUUGCUGUGAAGGAGAAGUAAGUCACUAGAUAUGGAACUCACGCAUGGAAAAAGAGAGAGCUUUUACGACACUGAUCAGGAAGAUGAGCAGGUCGAGUUCUGUAGACACCCCCCCUUCGUCCCUUGCUCCCCUUCGCCGUCAUCGUUGUCCACCGGCGUCAGGUCGAUCGACGGCAUGGGCAAUGAUUCUUUCAUACUGAAGGAGCACAUGUUCGACAAGGUCGUGACGCCGAGCGACGUCGGCAAGCUGAACCGGCUGGUGGUCCCGAAGCAGCACGCCGAGAGGCACCUUCCGAUGGAUGCCUUGGCCAACGAGAAGGGCCUGCUGCUAUGUUUCGAGGACCGGACGGGGAAGCCGUGGCGCUUCCGCUACUCCUACUGGAACAGCAGCCAGAGCUACGUGAUGACCAAGGGGUGGAGCCGAUUCGUCAAAGAGAAGGGCCUCGAUGCCGGGGACACCGUCUCCUUCAGCCGCGGCGUCGGCGAGGCGGGACGCCACCGCCUUUACAUCGACUGGAAGCGACGACCUCAGAGCCGCGCCCUGCCACGGGUUCCACUCCCUGCACUGUCCUUUGCGCGGCCCGUCUGGCAGUGCAGCUGCAACAGCUGGCAGGCACGAACCCCCGUUGCGGCGAGCUUGGGCUCGGUCAGCCGGCACCCUCUGUACCUCAGACCGCUGGCCGCGAGACCGCCGCAGAAGGAGGUGCAACAGGCAGGCAGCAGCGGCGUGCCGUCGGCGCCCCUCGUUCGCGGCCAGGCCGCCGUCAAGCGAGUUAGGUUGUUCGGCGUGAACCUGGAUUGUCCUGACACCGAAGGCGACGCCAAUUGCCGCAUCCGGAGUACUCCACCCGUGGGCGCGCCUCGGUUUCAGCCGAGGACUGCACCACCGCUGCUCGAGCCGUCACGUGCUGUCGGCGAGACACUGGCAUGCUCCUCCUCGUUGUGAGCACGGAGCUGCAUUCACCAUUAGAUCUUUACGUACAAGGAAGAGCAGAAAGAUGUAUCCAAACCAUUUCUGUGUACUCGUUGAUGCUCUUUCUCUUACAACCAUCACCAUCUGCAUGAAUAGAGAUCUCCAUC